AUGCGGAUAAUUCAAGUGGAUAAAAAUCAGGACUACAAAGGUAUCUGGACAGGCUGCAAGCCUAGUCCAGUAACCGGCGCCAAGUGCAUUGAUGAAGGUUGGGAAAGUCAAAGAAGACCGCAGACAAAGGACAAGCUAGAGGGACCAAAGACUGUCAUAAAUCUAACAAACUGUGCCUCUUUAAGCCAGACGAGUGGAACGGCUGCCAAGUAUCGUCGUCGUUACCACAUGUACUUUGAGGAGCUUCAUAAAAUUCAGAUCGUGCGAGCUUCAAAGGUCACUGAACUUCACCAUAUUCGGUGGCGUCUUGACUUGGUGGUUGACAGUGAGGGGAUCAAGAAGAAUGGCUUCGGUGGAGCCAUGGUCUGGACCAUUGAUAUGGACGACUUUACUGGCACCAUGUGUGGAGGAGUCAAGUACCCACUCAUGAGCAUUAUGAGAGAAGAGAUGAUGGGUGUACCACGAGUGGGCCAGGACGUGGACUGGUCUAAGGUGACCAAGACCUCGGUGGCCACACACACCACGCUGCCGCCUCCAAUCAGCAUCGAUCCCAUGAUCCUGGUGAGGCAGCACCAGUCCAACCUGGCCAAGCAGGCCGCGCCCAGGAUAGACAUCAUUCCUUCAAUCCCAAAAGACUCGCCUAAGGUCCUCUGCUACUACACCUCUUGGGCCAUCAAGCGCCCCGGUGCUGGUAGGUUUGAACCGGAGAGCAUCGACCCAUUCCUGUGCACCCACGUUAUUUACGCCUUUGCUGGGAUGGAAGACUUCCGCCUGGCCCCGGGAGACCCCUCUGACGUCAGUGAUGGCUUCAAGGAGGGAAUUUACACCCGCCUCAUCAAACUCAAGGAGAAGAACCCCACUCUUAAGGUGAUGCUGGCCUUGGGUGGAUGGGCAUUCGGUUCCAAGCCGUUCAGGGAGUUGGUGUCCAACCAGUUCAGGAUGAACGGCUUCGUUUACGAUUCCCUCGAGUUCCUUCGUCUGCACGAGUUCGAUGGUCUGGACAUCGACUGGGAGUACCCGCGAGGUCCCGACGACAAGGCCAACUACGUCAACUUCCUGAAGGAGCUUCGUCUUGCCUUUGAAGGAGAGGCCAAGUCUACGGGCAAUGCUCGACUCCUGCUGUCUGCUGCUGUGCCUGCCUCCUUCGAGGCGCUGGCUGCUGGGUACGACGUGCCGGAGAUAAGCAAGUACCUGGACUUCAUCAAUAUCAUGUCUUACGACUUCCACGGUCAAUGGGAGAACGAGGUUGGUCACAACGCUCCUCUCCUGCCCCUCGAGACAGCCUCCUCCUACCAGCAGAAACUCACUGUGGACUACAGUGUGAGGGAGUGGAAGAAGCAGGGAGCACCAGGCCAGAAGAUCAUGGUGGGAAUGCCCACCUAUGGACGGUCCUUCACCCUCACUAACGUCACCAAAUUCGAUAUCGGCGCCGAAGUCAGCGGAGGAGGCCACGAAGGUCGCUACACCCAGGAGACCGGCUUCAUGGCCUACUACGAGGUGUGUGAGUUCCUGUUUGAGGACAACACAACACUGGUGUGGGACAACGAGCAGCAGGUACCCUUCGCCUACCGUGGCGACCAGUGGCUUGGCUUUGACGACGAGAGAUCCCUAGCUGUCAAGACUGACUGGCUGAAAACUGAGGGUCUGGGAGGUGUGAUGGUGUGGAGUGUUGACAUGGACGACUUCAGGGGUAACUGUGGUGCUGGCAAGUACCCUCUGCUCAGCACCCUUACUCAGUCUCUCUCUAACUACACCGUUGCCCUCACCUACGAAGGGCCAUACGAGAACACUGGCACUCUCGACGGCACCAGUGCCAAGCGAGAUCCUACAGUGAUCGUGUGUGACGAGGCGGAUGGUCACAUCAGCUACCACGAAGACAAAGCAGAUUGUACCCGCUACUUCAUGUGCGAGGGAGAGAGGAAGCAUCACAUGCCUUGCCCCGUCAAUCUGGUCUUCAACGCCGCCCAGAACGUCUGCGACUGGCCAGAGAACGUGCCAGGCUGCGAGAACGCCAUUCCCAAUCCUGCGCGACGGUAAACAACCUUCACGCUCCGAUAUAAAAGAAAACCUCGGAAAAAAAAGAGAUGAGAGUCUUCUACCUAAAAGAAGGUGUAUGUUUUAAAGCAGAGGCUGGGGCAGUCCCACCCUGUCAUGGUAAUGACAACACAAAA